AUGAAGCUGCACAUUGUUGCUCUGGUCGGCGCCGCCGUCGGCCUGCCCCUGGAUGCCGCCAACGGAGACGGCUCCGGCGAAGACUGCUACCCCGUCGACUACACGCCGCGGUGCGCGCCGGGAAAGCUGUGCUCGCAGGUGGCCGUGCCCGGCGUCGCGUGCCCGUGGACGUGUGGCGCGCCGCUGCCCGAUGCGUGCGAGGAGCGCUGCAAGCCGUGCCGGGAGGAGGUGUGUCCGACGGCUUGUGUCUGCGAGGGGGUUUGUCCCGUGGGCAGUGGUGGGACGGGCGCGUCGGCGUGA